CGCGCUGCUCCGGGGAGCUGCAAGGUGAGCAGAGAAGGGCACCGGGCGCCCCAUCCGGUUGCUGACGUCACCAGCCGGUGUUUGGGAAGCCCUGCUCGCGGCGGAUACAAAGUCGGCCGCGGUCGGCGGGCGGCAGUGUCCCUCCCGCCGUGUCUCAGCCAUGUCCGCGCCGCGCCUGCUCUUCACCGCGCUGCUGGCCGCAGCUGCCGUCCAGCUCAGCACCCAGCAGACCACCGAGCUGGUCAGCCAGCAGUGCCUGGGCUGCAUCUGCGAGGCGUCCACCCAGUGCGACCUCAGCAGGGACUGCAGCAGCGGCUACUGCGGGCCCUUCCUCAUCGGCAACGCCUACUUCGUGGACUCUGAGCUCACCGCCGAACCCGACUUCAAGGGCAAGACGCUCGAGUCGUGCACGCGCGACCCGUACUGCGCCGCGGCCGUCAUCAGGAAGUACAUGGCCAAGUAUCCCCGCGACUGUAACGGCGACGGUCGUCAGACGUGUUCCGACUUCGCCAUGAUCCACAAGGCCGGACCGGGCGGCUGUGAGCGCAAUGCGCCGCACGUGCUGAAGAGCGAGUACUGGCAGCGACUGACCAGGUGUCUGAACAUCUACAAGCAGGCGUGAGGGUCAGGAGUGAGCCGGCGGCGGUGUUGAAGUGCUGGCAGGCCCUCAGGGACACAGGAGCGGCUACAGCGAAAGGCGACGCUUUUGGUGCAGCACCUUCGUUCAUUUCAUUGAUGCUCGAGGAAGAAAAGUGAAUGUCGCUUAGCGCGACAUAAAAUCGCUGAGAUAUUUUCGGUUGAAGUGGAUCGCUUUUCUGUAAAACCUGUCUGUGUAAAAGGGGCAUUUAGCUUUGGCUCUCUAGUCUCUAGCUCUUGUUCUAAAAAAAAAUGAGUUGAAAAGACGGAGCAUCAUGCCAGCGAAAGCUGGAGAGGCGGCCGUGGCCAGCAGCACUGAAUGUGACCGUUAGACUAACUAAGCCUGGCGGUAGUCGACGGAUGUGUGGCUGCCUAUCUUGUUGCUUGGUGACCUACCUGUAUGGCAAGAUAACUUAUUUUUAAUAAACGUAAUUUUACAACGCUGUGGGCAGGCACCCUGAUGUUUCACCUGAAUAAAAUGGCAUUAUGAA